GUGGACAAUGAGUGCUUCAAAGACGAUAAAACGGAUAAAAACGUAAGACUUAUCCAUAGUAAUUUCAAGCCUUAGUAUUAAAAUAUUUCGGCUAUCAAAGGUCCUUAUAUGAUGAUGAUGCUGUCUGCUCGUGUUGGUGUGCGACUGGUAGGUCGAAUCGUUCGCACGUGGGGUGGAAGAAAUGCACUUGUAACGACAAGACAAGAGUAUAGACUGUUCAACACGACUAGUUUUUUCUUCUGUCAAGACAAGGGAAACACAGUAAUUGAGCCUCAAAUAUCCAAUAUCAGUAUAUCAGAAGGUCAAGAUAGAUUACUUGAUAACAGCCUGGAUAAAAAAAGUGAGACAGACCCAGUCAUUUCAAGUGGAGAGUUAGGUCUUGGAAUCAGUCAAGUUUACCCAGAGAUUUUUGAUCAUCUUCCACCAAAGUGUACAGGUUGUGGUGCUGUAUUUCAAAGCAACGACGCUAAAAAUCCAGGAUACAUCAUUGCUUCUAAAAAUCCAGCUCUAAACAAGGAAGAGAAAGAGAUGGACGUUGUGAAGCCUGUCAUAUGUGAACGAUGUUUUAAUAUUCAAAACUACAAUAAGGGUUCUCCCACUGUUGUAUCUCCAGGAGAAAUAACAGACUAUCUUGGCCACAUUGCACACCGUAAGGCUCUUAUUUUAUAUGUUGUUGAUAUUCUUGAUUUACCUGGAAGUUUGGUACCUGGGCUAUUAGACAUUGUAGGACCAACUAAAAGAAUUAUUAUAGUAGGUAACAAGCUAGACAUGCUACCUUUAGAUGGAAAACCAAGACCCCAGCUUGAAAAGCUUACUACAACUGUCUUACGGGAAUGCCAAGAAAAUGGAUUUCAAGAUGCUAAUAUCAAAGGUGUUUCUCUUAUUAGUGCAAAAACAGGGUUUGGAAUCCCUCAGUUGAUAAAUAAAGUUCUAAAACACUGGGACGGCAAGGGGGAUAUCUAUCUUCUGGGCUCAAAUAAUUCAGGAAAGACAAGUCUGUUUAAUAUGUUAUUGGAUCUGACUAAUGUGCAUAAGAAAGGAGGGAAUAUGCUGCAGAGGUCUACUGUAUCGCGAAUGCCAGGGACAACUUUGAGUUUACUUAGGUUUGGCUUUGGUCAUUGGAAGCUCACUAAACUGAAGCAUCGCUUGAAUGAUGGGACCAAUAAGGAAAAUCCAGAGUUUGAUGAUAGUGAUGAAUAUGAAGUUGAUCCUGACAUCAUUAAUGUUCAAGAAACAGCUUACAAGAAGUUAACAAGUUCAAGGUCAAAGGCUUUGUUAGCUGUUCAAACACAAGAUUCAACUGAUAGUGCACUUGAGGCAUUCAAACCAGAAGUUAUUAAUAGUAAGGUCAAGAAGGACCAUCAAGCAUGGCUCUAUGAUACACCAGGGAUUAUAAAUGAAAAUCAGAUAACAAACUAUCUGAGUAUGGAAGAGUUAAAACUAUUAGGCUCAAAUCUUUGGAUUGUUCCAAGGACUUUCGUUCUCAAGCCUGGCCAAGCAUUUUUGAUUGGAGGACUGGCAAGAGUGGAUUUUGUUGAGAUCAGCAGAAAGUUGCUCCACCAAGAAACUGAAGAAGAUACUUUGACUGAGGCAAAUAAGUCAAUAUACUUCACAGUAUUCACCUCUCCCAAUCUUCCAAUCCAUGUGUUGAACAUAUCAAGAGUAGAAGAGAUGUAUGAAAAACAUUCUGGACAGAAACUACUGAUGGUACCUUGUGGUGGUCCCCAGAKAAUGCAGUCCUUCCCAGCUCUAGAGCCCCGUGACUUCACAGUCCAGGGUAUUGGAUGGAAGGAGAGUGCCGCUGAUAUCGUCUUGUCAAACAUUGGUUGGGUGUCAGUUACUGCAGGCUAUCACGCUGAUGUGCAGGUCAGGGCAUACACACCUAAUGCCAGGGGACUGGUAAGGAGACAACCGGCUCUUCUAUCCACUUGUAUUAAUCAGAGAGGUAAAAGAGGCGUGUCGUACCUCGGUCAUCAAAAUUCGGCUGGAUACGAGUCUCACCGUAAAAAAAGCCCUCAGCUGAUAAAGUUUCUGAGUUACGGACACCACGGGGUCUAUCAAUGGGUGCGAGAAGUAAAGAGGAAGAAGAAAGAACAAACAGCUUUGAUCAAAGAAGCGAGGAUGAAGAAAAUUAUGGACAAGAGUCUCGCUGCUGGAGAACCUGAAUCAUUACUGGUUGGUCGAGAAGAACAAAGCCCAAGGAAAAAACUUACAUCAUAAAAACCUCGAAUUUGUAAAAAAUACCUGUAACAUGUGACAUAAGUAAACUCAAACCGUYGUUUUUAUGCUAACUCCUAGAUGUUGUCUGUCAGAAUCCAGAUCCGGUCCCAGAUUCUCACAGGACCGAAACUAAUGACCGCUGCAGUGCAAUAACUUUGCAAUAACUUUGUGGUUCCACUUGAGUUCGUAUCGUAUGCGUAUAUCAUUCCAUGUUCGAUAAGAGUACACUGAGACCAUAGAAAAGGGACCUGGAUUUGCUAAAUAAUCAUCAUCAUAAUAAUAAUCAUGAAAAUACACGAAGUGCACAGAAGCAUACUUUUUCGUCCCCAUACAUUUACUAUAUGCUAUCACUGCUGCCUGUGCAUAUCUAUCUUUUCACCUCAUAUCUCACUUUACCGAUUUUUACCGAUGGCCUCUUAGGAUGGACCAUUAGAUAAUUGGGGGGGGGUCAAAGCAUGUGUUUGCUCAUUAUAAUACGUCUUUACUGGUUGCGCGAURUUAAUUUCGUAGGUAAAGUGUUGUUUGAUACUAUUUUGGGGAUUUACACAGCCCCCAUCUUAAUUGUAAGUAAUAGUCUGUCCCUAAUAAAGCAGAUCAUUAGUUAACCGA